AUGGCAACAAACAUUCGAUUCUUAACAUUCGCCCAAGUCCAACGACUUCAUGCCACGCUUAUUAUCCCCAACGCUAUUCCAACCCAACCAAGCAUGCUAGAAUCUGCAGUGCAUUCGCCGAUGAAUCAGAAGCACUAUGCAAAUAUCGAAGAUAUUUUCCAACUCGCUGCAAAUCUUGCUGAGAAACUAAUGAAAAACCAUGCUUUUCAGGAUGGCAAUAAACGCACUGCCUUAGUGGCUGCGGAUAUGUUCUUGAAACUCAAUGGUUUCUCCCUCCAAGAGGUACCGUCUGCGGAUGAUAUACUCAACCCGAGGCUAGCAAAUGCUCAGGUCGCUGUUGUUACCAAAGAAUGGACAGCUGAAAAUUUGGGAAAUUAUUAUAAAUCCAUCGCAAUUGGUUAUGGGGGCUGCGGAAGUGAUGGAGGAUAA